GGGCGGCCCGUAGGGCGCCGCCAGCGCGCCGGUAGCCGCGGGGCUCGGAGCUCGGGCGCCCGUCGCGCUGCGCGUCCCCCCGCGGCGGGCGACUCUCGCGGUCCGGGCUGAGCGCGGCCGGAGAGCUCUCCGGGCCCGAGUGCCCCCGCCAGGGAAAAGCGGUGGCGGCGCUUGCGGGGCUUCCCGCCGGCCCGCCGCGGGGCAUGAACGGCUUCGCUCCCGAAGAGCUGCCCCAGCGCGGGGCCGACCCCGCCGCCGCCGCAGCCGCGGUGAGCGGUGCGGGCUCCGUGGCGGAGGUGCCGGCGGGGCUGGCGCCCCCGGGGCUGGCUGCGGGAGCCGCGGGCUCGGCGGGCGCGGCCGGGGCGGGCGGCCCCGGGGCCGGGCAGCUGUGCUGCCUGCGGGAGGAGGGCGAGCGGUGCGGCCGCGCCGCCGGCAACGCCAGCUUCAGCAAGAGGAUCCAGAAGAGCAUCUCGCAGAAGAAGGUGAAGAUCGAGCUGGACAAGAGCGCGAGACACCUUUAUAUCUGUGACUUCCACAAAAACUUAAUUCAGAGUGUGAGAAAUAGAAGGAAGAGAAAAGGCAGCGAUGACGAUGGUGACUCACCAGUGCAAGACAUCGACACUCCCGAGGUUGAUUUAUAUCAGUUACAAGUGAACACACUUCGAAGGUACAAAAGACACUUCAAGCUACAGACCAGACCGGGACUUAACAAAGCACAGCUUGUUGAAAUAAUUGGCUGCCAUUUUAGGACAAUUCCAGUGAAUGAAAAGGACACCUUAGCGUAUUUCAUCUACUCGGUUAAGAAUGACAAGAACAAACCAGAUCUAAAGAUGGAUAGCAGUGUUCAUUAGGCAGGGAAGAUUGGGACUGAGACUCAGGCCACAAAUCGAAAGACUGAGGGUUUUUGUUGAUAUGCAAAAGCUUUCUUUGUAACUUUUUCUCCCCAGAGAGUUUCUCUGUUUUAUUUUUUCAUAACCUUGAUGAUUUGUUUGAGAACCAUCUCUUAUGAAACAAAUUUCCUCACAAACUAUUUUAAAUAAAUAUUACUGAUAUUGUUGCUCAAGUGGGUGUGUCUAACUUAUUCAGUGUGUUAUUUGUACUUAGUAGUUAAGCUUUGACUACUUAUGUAAUGAUUUAAAAAUAUUUUUCAAUUAAAGUGUACCAAGGAUACAUUUAUGAAUGUACUUCAAGUUCUCAUGAUGCAAUGCUGACUUGAAAACAAACAAACAAACAAAAAAAACCCUGAAUAAUGGUAGAUUUUGCAAUGGGCUCUUUUUCUUGAGGUUAAAAGUUUUAACUGACAGUUGCAGUUAUUAGCUGGGCAGAAAUGACUGAUUUGGUAUAUUAGGCAUGCUAUUUCUUGUUCACUGCAUGUGUUAACUCAGACCUGUUUAAAAACAACACACUAAAAGUAACAUGAGCAAAAUAUUAUUUUAAUUUGAUAUCUUAGUAAAGUCUGUGAUGUUAAA